AGGCCGGUAGCGGGCCAAGCAUCACAGUUGCGGGCCGGCAAUUUUGGUAAUAAACACCUAACUAGUACAUAUUAGCAUUGAUAUCCAAUUUUGUAGGGGAAAGUAAACAUAGCCUAAAAAUAAAUAAAUAGACCCAAAGAAAGCCAAUUCCUUCUCACGCAACUUGAUUCGAAUAUCCAGAGCAAUCGUCACUUUCUUCCCUUUGGUGAGACUGAAGGAAACUCAGACACAGACUAGAAGGCAAGAAAUUGGACAACAAUGGUGGGAGUGUUGUCCAACAAGAUUCAAAGAGAUGAGCUGAAGCCCGGCGAUCAUAUCUAUUCUUGGAGGCACGCCUAUCUUUACGCUCACCAUGGAAUAUAUGUUGGGGAUGGGAGCGUGAUCCAUUUCACUCGUGGGGCAGGGCAGGAGAUCGGGACAGGGACAGUGUUGGACAGAUUCAUUUUCAGCUCAUCCCCAUCUAGUCCUUCAGGUUCCCCCUGCCCUAGAUGCGGUGACCAAUCAAUGGCUGAAGGCGUCAUCUCUUCUUGCCUUGAAUGCUUCCUUUCUGGUGGAGACCUAUAUCUGUUUCAGUAUAAUGUCUCACCAGCCACUUUCCUCGCUAAAGCUCGAGGUGGGACGUGUACCCUUGCAAAGUCUGAUCCACCAGAAGAUGUCCUCUACCGCGCCGAAUAUCUCCUUGAAAACGGUUUUGGAGGCUACAACAUCUUCAAGAACAACUGCGAGGAUUUUGCAAUCUAUUGCAAAACCGGUCUACUCAUCUUCACGACUGUCAGUGUGGGACGGAGUGGUCAAGCAGCAUCAUUUCUAGCUGCUGCUAGUGCCAUCGUAUCAUCACCACUUCGCUUCCUGACGACGGGCUUUGCUGGUCUGACAGCAGUGGGAUGUGGUGUUUAUUGUAUUAGUCGUGUUGUCUCUGAUAUUGGAGUACGACGUGAUGUCAUUAAAAUCCCUGUAGAGAGGCUCGUUUCGCGCUCCCGAUUGGAUGAGGAUGCAGCAGCACAGAUCCCCAAGGAAGAAUAGUCCCCUGUCAUCGUACCAAACUUACACAAAAUCCCAGGUAGGUUCCUCCCCUAAUUUUUUCUGAAUCAUGUGUGCUCAUUUAAGUUUUAACUGUACACCAGUCUUGUUGCUUGCCGAGGGAAUCUUAUUAUUAUGGGAUGAACUGUAAACUAUGAUUGUAAAUAUAGUUGUUAUACCCUCGAACUGAUUUACGGUCAUUUGGCCUUUGUAUUUGAUACUUCUAGUUUCUGCUUGAGAUUUUAAUUCCACAGCAAAGUCGCUGAAAUUACAGUUA